CAAAUCCGUAUCGUAUUCUUGUUUACUCAGAUUUCUCAUUGAUGAUAGAACAAGAGUGCUCCGUUCUGAUCUAGAUGACUGCUAAUGCUAAACCGAUCCGCGCUUAUCAAACCUUUUUUUUCUCAUAAUCUCUGGGUUGAAUUGUGAUUUCAUCAUUCUCAACAGAAAAUGUGAAAACUAGUGAUCAUGUUUUAUCAGUUUAACACACUUUUCAAGAUCAUAACACAAGUUUUAUUUCAGUGUCUAGCAGAACAAUGUGCUUAUGACCAUUGAUACUAGUUUUAGUGUUUUGUCUCAAGUCUUAUGUAGAGUGGUUCGACAAACUGUUGAAAUGUCAUAUUAUUCAACAGCUUCUUAUUGAAGCAUCUGGGUACUUGUCGUAAUUUUUAUCAUUCAACGUUUUUUCAAGAGUCAGAAUGUUUGAUAUCUAAACGAUCAGACAGAUGAAAUUAUAUAAUUCGAAAGAAAUCUAGCAGGAUUCUUCUUGUUUUCCUGCGGGAACUAUUAUUACCUAUUUUUAGUUCAAAGUUACAGGAAUAAUAUUUUAAAAUGCACGAGUGGGUGAAACUAUCAAUUCGAAUUGGAACCUUUGGGUUCCUCAAAGAGUUUCGGCCUGAAGAUCCUUAUAUCAAUCAAUAUCUUACAGGACCAACAAUGAAUUUCACCACACAGCAGGUCAACCAGAGUGUGUACCCGAUAGCAACUUACGUAUCUUUGUUCGACCUCAUCCUGGUGUUUCUACUAACUGAUUGGCUGCGAUACAAGCCAGUAAUAGUGUGCUAUGCACUUUGCGCGUCAAUUGCACAAGCAAUUCUCAUCUGGUGUAGGUCCCUAUUUGCCAUACAGAUCAUGGAAGUGUUUUACGGGACAAUGAUAGCCUGUGAAGUGGCUUACUACACGUAUAUCUACGCCAAAGUGGACCCGCAACAUUACCAGGCAGUGACCAGCCACAUGCGAGCGGCUGCUCUCAUUGGUCGAUUCGUGUCUGGAAUGACGGCCCAACUUCUACUCAUUUUCGGCAUCAUGGGGGUUCCUGAGCUCAAUCAUCUUUCCUUAGCAGGAAUGAUAGCAUCAUUGAUCUGGUCAUUUUGCUUGCCUUCAAUCAAGCACAGUUUGUACUUCCACCGUGAAUCAGAAUCUGUUCCCUGCAACGCGAUUGACAAUGUCGAAAAUUCAACGCAUCAACAAACGGACAGAGUUAAUACCGAUUUGGCUGACACAGACUCAGAAACGAACUCAAAGCGGAAGGGCGUCUGCCAUGAAGCACUUUCUCGGCUGUGGAGGGACUUCAUAAAUGCUUACACGAAUAAGUACGUGCUUAAAUGGUCAAUCUGGUGGGCGCUCGCUACUUGCGGAUACCAACAGGUAAUGUCAUACGUUCAAAUUUUAUGGGAUGAAAUACAAGGAGUUUCUCCAACAGAGGAUAAUGUUAGCUACAACGGAGCGAUCGAGUCACUAUACACAAUAAUCAGCGCCUUCUCAGCAUUCGCUUUCGGCCGAGUGCAGGCAGACUGGUCGCGCCCGGAGAGAGGGGAGCUGUUGCUUGGCGUUCUCACUCUACUGGAAGGUCUCGCUCUGCUGUGGGGCGCGCAUUGCACGCGCAUCUGGCAAGCAUACCUCGUCUACAUCAUUUUCGGCGCGCUCUAUCACGUCAUGAUGACAAUAUCCAAUUCAGAAGUGGCCAGACACUUGGAGAGUGAUUGCUAUGCGCUUAUAUUUGGAGUGAACACUUUUGUGGCUCUCCUCCUUCAAACUGUGCUGACGUCAGCUGUGGCCGCCCAAGGAGGAUUUAUGCUCCCAAUCAGACCACAGUAUGUGGUGUACGGCAGCUACUUCUGUAUACUGGGAGCAAUCUUCUUGAUAAAGACAUUUUACAGUGUAACAAAAUCAAUCUGCAGAUGAUUGUGGCUAAUAAAAGUAUUUGACUUACA